AUGCAGUCAGGUUUUGCUGGAGCCGGCUGCUCGUCCCGUGUUUCACAGGGGAUGGAGCUGCUUCCCUCGGCCGACAGCGCGGGGCAGCACCGCACCUCGGCAUCGCUCCUCGCUGCCUUCUGCCUCUGUGUGCCUUUGGGACUGGCACCUUUGUAGCUUCUUUCCCUUUCUUUGGCAGGGAACAGCACACGCCGCGAUGCCAGAGCCAGAAAAUCCAAGAUCACAGCCUCACGCAAACUCUUGUUGAAGAGUUUGAUGCUGGCCAAAGCCAAGGAGGAGUGGGAUCAGGAGAUUGUGGACAAGCAGGCAGAGAAGGAGAGGUACCUGUCUGAGCGGGUCACUCCACUGCACACCAGUGGGCUCUCCUUGAGCCAGCUCCAGGACCUGUGCAGGGAGCUGCAUGAGAAGGUGGAAAUUGUGGAUGAGGAGAGAUACGACAUUGAAGCGAAAUGCAACCAUAACACCCGUGAGAUUAAAGAUCUGAAAAUCAAAGUUCUUGAUCUCCGAGGGAAGUUCAAGCGCCCUCCCCUGCGCCGGGUUCGUGUCUCAGCCGACGCCAUGCUCAGGGCUCUGCUGGGCUCCAAGCACAAGGUGUCCAUGGAUCUCAGGGCUAACCUGAAGUCUGUCAAGAAGGAGGACACAGAAAAGGAACGCCCUGUGGAAGUGGGAGACUGGCGCAAGAAUGUGGAAGCCAUGUCAGGCAUGGAGGGGAGGAAGAAGAUGUUCGAUGCUGCUAAGUCCCCCACGGGACAGUGA